CGCACAGGUGAAAACGAAAGGAUCAGGAUAUCAACUUGAACAUGUAGUCCAUUCUGGUGGAAAGACGAAGCUACAAUGAAAAACUGAACUACUAUUGAUUGAUUAGAAUGGAUUUCCCUCAAGAGGGAGAGGAUGCUGUCGGUGGAGAUCAGACAGGCAGAGCAGCAUGUGCUGUGUCCAGCCACGAGUCCCUGAAGAAGAAGGAGCCCGUCACUGAUGGGCAUCAGGGACCAGUGUCUCCAGUGCCCAGCUGUGUGUCCAUGAAGAGUGACUGCUCCAUGGGGCACCUUGAACAUUUCAGCAGUGGGCCGCCACAGUCUGAUCCAAAGAUGGAUGACAUAAAACAGCCAGUUGGGCCAGAUGACCAAACAAACAAGAUGAUGCCUGGCAGAGGGUGCAACACACUUCAGCCUUCUUCAGUCCGCCAAAGCAUGCGAGAAACAUUGGACGACCUGUCUAGUGAUGACCUCAAUAGGUUCAAGCAUAUUUUAAGGGAUGAGUCUAAAAUCCCAUGGGGUAAGCUGGAGAAAGCUGGCACGGAUGACAUAGUGGAACAACUGGUACAAAAGUGCCGUGUAGAAGACUCGCCUGAAGUCAUGCUGAAGAUCUUAAGGAUCAUGAAAAACAACCAGCUGGUCACAGACUUGGAGAGGAAACUAGGCAAAGUGAUUUCAGGACCUCAGAAUAAAGUGGCAAAAUCUCCAGUCAAGCAUCACCUUCAGUCCAUUUUAAUAGAUAAGUGUUUCCUUGUACGUCAAGAGCUGGGAGACGAACAACUACAGGACAUCUACACUGAUCUUUGUGUUGUAGAAGGACGCACUGGGGGGGUCAACAGUGCACAUGAAGUGUCAACAAUUCACUUAAAACAAAUUGAGAACAGGACAUUCUCUGGGACCAUGAACUCAGUCAAGUUGUCAAACAUAUUCACUGACCACUACUAUGCUGGUAAACCUGUCACAAAGGUCUUGACUUUGGGAAUAGCCGGAGUGGGGAAAAGUGUUGCUGUGCAAAAGUUUGUCUUGGACUGGGCAGAAGAGAGGGAGAACAAACAUAUAGAACUUGUUUUUGUUCUUCCAUUUCGAGAGCUGAACUUGUACACAGAAAACUACAGCCUAUUUGACCUUCUCUUUAAAUUCUACCCAGAACUUGAAGAGUUUAAGGAUGCCUUGGAAUUGAAAAAGACUGUUCUUUUUGUGUUGGAUGGUUUGGAUGAAAGCAGAAUCCAGCUGGACUUCAAGAACAAGGACAACACUGUCUGUGACCCAAAAGAAAAAGCAACAGUUGCCAUGUUAACAACAAGUCUAGUAACUGGUAAACUGGUGCCUUCUGCACUCAUCUGGGUUACAACGAGACCAGCAGCAGCCAACAAGGACCUGUGUGACCUUUUCCAAUUGGUGACAGAGAUCCAAGGCUUCAAUGAAUGUCACAGAGAGGAGUAUUUUAGGAAGGUCAUUCCAGAGAAAGCUGAACAAAUUAUAGCAUACGUAAAAUCAAAGAGAAGCCUCUACAUAAUGUGUCACAUCCCAGUGUUCUGUCGGAUCACAGCAGCUGUGCUUGGAGGAACGGGAGAAGAGCAAAGCGCCGCUGACCAGGAAAUGCCCAAAACAUUGACUGAAAUGUACACACAAUUCAGUGUCUUUCAGAUCACCAGAAUAAAUGAGAGGUGCGAGAAGAAGAUGAGCCCAGAGGAAAAAGGGGAGCUCCUUGUUAAACUUGGGAAACUGGCGUUCAAACAUCUGGAGAAGGGCACUCUGAUAUUCUAUGAGAAUGAUCUGACAGAAUGUGACAUUAAUGUAAAUACAGGAGCAUUGCAGGCUGGACUUUGUACAAAGAUCUUCAAAAAAGAAAGUGCUAUGAGUGGAGAGAGCAUAUUCAGCUUUGUGCACCUGAGUGUACAGGAAUUCCUGGCAGCUCUGUAUUUGCUCCAUACACAUGCAACUGAGAAGAAGAAUCUCUUUAUCAAGACAGGCUUGGAGAAGAUUGGAUGGCAUUUCAAGAAGUCAAGGUUCGACCUCUACAAGAUGUCUUUGGAGAGGGCCUUACUAAAUGAAAAUGGACAAUUUGAUCUUUGUGUGCGCUUCCUUCUUGGACUGGCUCCAAUGUUGGAGCCUGAGGUUCGGUUCCCCCUGAAAAAUGUUCUGCCACAUUUGGGUAUUGGGCAACAGAGCAUCAAGAAGACUGUUAAAUACAUCAAGAAAAAGAUCAGCAAAAACAUUCCACCAGAACGGAUCAUCAACCUCUUCCACUGUCUGAAUGAACUUGGAGAUGAUUCACUGAUUGAGGAGAUCAACAGAUUCAUGAGCUCAGCAGGUGAGGAGAAGCAACUGACUCCAGCCCAGUGUUCAGCUCUGGCUUAUCUGCUGCUGAUGUCAGCUGAAGAGCUGGAGGAGUUUGAUCUGAAGAAGUACCUGAGAUCAGAGGAAGGGCUCCACAGAAUGCUCCCUGUAGUCAAUGUCUCUAGGAGGGUUUGGCUAAAUCAGUGUCACCUCUCUAAAGCAAGCUGUGAAAUGAUGGCAUCAGUGCUGCAGAGGACACCUUCCCAUCUGAGAGAACUGGACAUGAGUAACAAUGACCUGCAGGAUGAAGGAGUGGAGCUGCUCUGUGCAGGACUAAGAGUUCCACAAUGCAAGCUGGAGACACUGAGGCUAAAUCAGUGUCACCUCUCUAAAGCAAGCUGUGAAAUUAUGGCAUCUGUGCUGCAAAGUGCACAUUCCCAUCUGAGAGAACUAGACAUGAGUGACAAUGACCUGCAGGAUGAAGGAGUGGAGCUGCUCUGUGUAGGACUAAGAGAUCCACAAUGCAAGCUGGAGACACUGAGACUGUCUCUUUGUCUCAUCACACACGAGGGCUGUUCUCUCUUGUCCUCUGCCCUCAAAUCAAACCCCUCCUACCUGAAACAGCUGGAUCUGAGCUACAAUCACCCAGGAGACUCAGGUGUCAGAGAGCUCACAGAGAGACUGAAUGAUCCCAGCUGUAAACUAGAGACGUUGAGGUAUGACCAUGGAGGAGAGUGCAGGAUUAAAACAGGACUGAGAAAAUAUGCCUGUGAGCUCACACUGGACCCAAACACAGCAGGCAGAUAUCUCUCUCUCUCUGAGGGGAACAGAAAGGUGACAUAUGGACAGCAGCAGUCGUAUCCUGACCACCCAGAGAGAUUUGACUACUGGUCUCAGGUGCUGUGUAGAGAGGGUCUGUCUGGACACCACCCAGAGAGAUGUGACAGUCUGGGUCAGAGUCUAGUCAGCACGGGUCAGUCUGGACACUACUACUGGGAGGCUGAGUGGAGUAAUAGAGCUAUGGUAGCAGUGGCCUAUAAGAGCAUGGAGAGGAACGAGAGUGGGGACAGCAGCAAGUUUGGAGGUAAUGCCAAGUCCUGGAGUCUGGAGUGCAAAAGUAACAGUUAUUCUGCCUGUCACAAUAAGAAGAAGACUGCCAUACCUGCCCCCUCCUCCCGCUCCAGCAGAGUAGGAGUGUACCUGGACUGGCCAGCAGGCACUCUGUCCUUCUACAGCGUCUCCUCUAACACACUCAACCACCUGCACACGUUCCACUCCACAUUCACUGAGCCCCUCUAUCCUGGGUUUAUGACCUACUCCUCAGUGUCCCUGUGCCAGAUCACAUGACCUCCUAAUCCUGCAGCAGAGCUAUACACUCCUAUGUGUGUGUGUGUGUGUGUGUGUGUGUGUGUGUGUGUGUGUGUGUGUGUGUUUGGAGUGGCUCAGUGUCCCUGUGUCAGAUGACCACAUGCCACAUGACCUCCUAAUCCUGCAGCAGAGGAGAGUCACACACUCCUGUUUACACACUCAUAUAUCUGCGUGUGUGUAUUCCUCAUCUGUGUUGCAUCUUCCCUCUCACCCCUCCUAAUCCUGCAGAGGAGAGGAGAGAGGAGACUCCUGUUCACACACUCCUAUGUAUCUGUGUGUGUCUGUUUGUCUGUGUGUGCGCGCGUGUGUGUUCCUUCUCUUGCUUCCUCAAAGGGGAACAGAAUGU